AUGGGAGAACAAGCCAUUAUACAAGGGCCUAGCCAGCUAUCCCCGCUGGAGUGGAUUAUGCCACGCUCCUACAUCAGCCAAAUCCUCUGCUUCCCAUCGUCGAAUCCUCGAAUAUCCGAAGUCCUCCGAGAUGGCCUCGCGGGCACAUUAGGAGAUGUCCCCUAUCUAGCCUCCAGAAUAAUGGCCCGAGCUCAUCCCAAGGGAUCCGUUGCCUUGAGCUCGCCGUGUGACUCACUGAGCGACUUAUUUCACGUCAAUACCUACACGGAUGUUGACUAUGAUGCCCUUCAGACUGGCGCUUUUCGACCAUCUGUUUUUGAUGGUCGGAGCUGGUUUUCUGCCGAUGUCGGCCCGGGCAAUACAUCCCCUAGCCCGGUCUUUCGCGCAGUCUUGACGCUGGUUAAGGGAGGAUGUCUGCUUGCUGUCAGCCUGCAUCACCAGACGGCCGACAUCACAGCAUACGGCUCAUUGUUGAAGAUAUGGGCAUCUCAUUGCAGGACGGGCUCAUCUGAGGGUAUUGGUUUUGACCCGAGCUGGUUAGAUCGCACGGCGAUUGUGAGAAGCUCUCACGAUGCACCCGCUGAUACGCCGCUGCUUCUCCAUAAAGAGGAGAGUCUUCCUUCUAGCCAACCAUCAAAACCUGCCAAGCUGGAGACUCAAUAUCUCAGAUUCUCUGGAGAGUAUUUGAAGCGUUUAAAAGCCGAAGUAAACAGACAAUUGCCUGAUGGGACCGCAUGGGUUUCCACCAGUGACGUACUAACUGCGCUCCUCUGGGGCUAUAUCAUUCAUUCUGAGUUCUCAGAUGAUAAUACCACUGCAGAUGGUAACUUGUUUAUGCGUAUAGCAGUUAAUUCUCGCAGUCGCUAUGAGCCACCACUUCCCAAGGAAUAUCUCGGCUCGUCUUUUGGUGUGACGCUGGUGACCGCCAAGAAAGCUGAUCUCGUCGCCAUUGGAAGCUCAACCGAACAGAAAGUCUUUACACCAGAAAUCGCAAAUGUGGCUGCAGCUGUGCGGCAAAGUAUUAAUGUGAUUAGCGAGCCAGCUAUGAACCGCAUAGUGAGCCAUUUGGCUGCCCAGGACGACGUCUCGAGUCUCAAAUUAUGCGAACAGGCUGCUGACGUUUCCAUCGUCUCUUGGGCAGAUGAAGGAGUAUAUGAGCUCGAUUGGGGCGCUGAACUGGGGCACUGCGAAGCUGCGAGACUAUCAUCGUUGAAAGGGAAGCGGUAUCCGGUUGUAUUUCCCAGACUUCCAAAUGGCGAUCUAGAAGUUCUUGUUGCUUUUGACGAGGAGUUGAUGAGCAAAUGGCAAAAUGCACAUGAGCGGAGUCCUUGGAAGGCGUAG